AUGUCAUCAGCAAAGAGCGUCGCAGUCGUUACUGGUGCUGCUCAAGGUAUCGGGAAAGCAAUCGCUCUUCGAUUAGCAGAUGACGGUUUCGAUGUUGCCGUGAAUGAUCUCCCACUCCCUGACAAGAUUGCAAAGUUAAAAGAGGUCGAGGAGGAGAUUAUCAGGAAAGGUCGCAGAUCAGCUAUCUUCCCUGGAGAUGUAUCAAGUGACAGCGACGUCAAAGGUAUGGUGGAAGGUACCGUGAAUGCGCUGGGUGGACUGGAUGUGAUGGUUGCGAAUGCUGCUAUCUGUCGUAAUGCUAAUAUACUAGAUUACACGGUAGAACAGUGGGAUCAAAGCUUCGCCGUUAAUGCACGAGGCUGCUUUCUCUGUUAUCAAUAUGCGGCGAAGCAGAUGGUGAAACAAGGACGGGGAGGACGGAUCAUUGGAUGCUCGUCUUCUGCUGGAAAGCAAGGUUUACCGAUGAUGUCGCUGUAUGGUGCGACUAAGUCGGCCAUUCGGGGACUAACGCAGGGAGCCGCACUUGAUCUCGGCAAGUAUGGAAUCACCGUCAAUGCGUAUGCGCCAGGCGCGGUAGAUACCGAAAUGUGCAGAGAUGCUGUACUCCAACAGGGAGACACGAACGAACUGAUUACGACGAAUGUGGCCCGCUCGGCACUGGACUACAUUGGGCAACCUGAGGAUAUAACAGGACUUGUAUCUUACCUCGCGUCCAAGGAGUCGCGUUAUAUGACCGGCCAAACAUUGGGAAUCAACGGAGGAUGGUGUUUUGAUUAA